ACAUGACAACUUCAAUAAUGAGCACUCUACUUCUUGCGUCUCUUCUUGCCUUCCUUGCCAUUUCGGCAGAAGCAAGAACCUUAUCAGAUUGGCAAAACAAAAUCUCCAUGAUUACUGACUAUGGAAGGCAUUCAAGAUCACCACCACCACCUCCAAAGUCAUCACCCUCACCCCAUCAACUGACAACCAGUUACGGAAAGACCCUGCUGUCGCCUCCACCGCCACCGAAUCCAUCAUCAUCACUAGACCAACUGACAGAAACUGGAGUUCCUUGCAUUGCAGGAAGUACUCCAUGCAAAAGGGUCAUCACAAUGGUAACUGAUUAUGGAAAGAGGCCGACACCAAGUGCCCCUCCAACUCCGAAGCCAUCACCAUCGGAGCAUCAAGCGAGUGUCGAGCAAUUGUUACAUAAAAUAUCUUCUCAGAAUUGUUAUGCAGCUUCAUCUUGACUCAAGAGUGAUUCAGUGGUUGUGAUAAUAGGGUUGUGCAUGAGGCCAUUUGUGUAACAGUAGCUAGUUAAGUUUGACGGUAAGAGUCGAUAAGAAUGGGAUUCAUAUAAAUCUUGAAAAAUUUAUUUGACUCU